ACAACUUUGUCUCCUCCAGCAGCAACUUGUCGAGACGAAAGACUGAACUGUGCCGCAAUUAAAGCUGCACACAGCUGUGACGAUGUGUUUCGAGCAACAAUGAUGCAACAGUGUGCAAGAACGUGCUGUUAUUGCACGUAA